AUGCGUAGGUGGCGCCUUCCUUUUUGCCUCGUUGCCUCCGAGAAAGCAAGAUGGGUCACCAGCAGCUCUACUGGAGUCACCCGAGAAAAUUCGGCCAGGGCUCUCGUUCUUGCCGAGUCUGCUCAAACCGACAUGGUCUGAUCCGGAAAUACGGACUCAACAUGUGCCGCCAGUGUUUCCGUCAGUACGCCAAGGACAUAGGCUUCAUUAAGUUGGACUAAGUGACCUUCCUUGAAUUGGUCGUCAAGACAUCUACCUUAAAGCAGAAAUAAUGCUAAUAGCUCUUUGUACAUAAAAUAAAAAAAAUCAAUGAUGAAUGUUC